GGAAAAGGAUCUACCCUGAGAAUGAGUACCAUGUGCCACUCUUUCUGGUAGUAUCUCCUCGGUGCAGUAUGCUAAUCAGCUAAUAAUGUGCGUUCAUUUGAAACGUUUGAAAGGUUAUUUGUAAUUCUAACUCGUCGAUGUAUUCGUCGUUUUGUAUGUAAGAGUAAUGUCAUCUAAUAGUUUCUAUACGUUUUCGACAGUAAGAUCGCAGCGAUCGUUUACGCAUUGGUAAAUCCUAACAAACAUUCGUUUCAAUAAGCGAUACCGGUAGCAGUAGCAUGUAGCAUGGUUCAACAUGCGACUCACGAGCAUUCGUUUCUGGCUGUCUCAAUUACGUGCUCGCAAUUCACGUUGUGAUUCAACGUUUUCUCAAUUUAGACGCAACACCUUUUCUAAAAGCGAUGAAUUUAAACCAGACCCGAGAGUUCUGGCUCUCCGAGAUAAACUGUUGUAUUGCGAUUACUUGGAUUAUGAAAACAUAAAAAUGGGAUAUCUAAAACGCAGAAGAAAAUAUAAGAAAGAAUUUGAACUCGCCGAAAAAGCCAAGUAUGAAAAAUUGGCCUACGAACCAGCAGUUAGCGUUAUGUUGAACGAUCCCAAUGAAAACGAUAAGUCAGACAUUGAGCAUGAUAGUGACUCGGACGAAGAAAAACCUUUAUACAUGCCGUAUGCGGCAGUGACUUCUUAUCAAAUCACCGAGACGAACAGUAACGAGGAUACCCCCACGAAUUCGUUAAACAACAGAUAUAUAGAGCUGUACGAGCAAUAUUUGGAAGCAAAGAAAGAUUCGGUGGACAAGGGUAAAUGGACGUUCGAAGAAUUUCUAAAGAGCAGUGAUAUACAGAGUAAUGUACCGAAAGGCGAGCUCUGGAAAAUACCCACCACCUGGAUGUCCGAUUACGAGGAAUUUGAUGAUGCCUUAAUCGAUGAGAACUGGAACAAGUAUUACGGUACACCAGAUCCUAAUUCAAACGUCAGCUCUGUUCCGUGCGGUGGUUGCGGAGCUCUGUUACAUUGUAGAGAUCCUGCGAUCCCUGGAUACUUACCAUCGGAAUUAUUUACGAACAAAAAGAAAGAUGAUUUAAAAACGAUGGUAUGCCAAAGGUGUCACUUUUUAAAGUUUUACAAUGCCUCGUUGGAAGUGAAGGUCUCGAUCGAAGAUUAUCCGAAAUUGCUGAGGGCGAUCAAAACUAAGAAAUGCGCAGUCAUCCUAAUAAUCGAUCUGACCGAUUUUCCUUGCAGCAUUUGGCCAGAUUUAAAGAGCGUCUUACAUCCGUUCACUCCUAUUUUUCUAGUCGGGAACAAAGUCGAUUUGUUACCGAGAGACUGUCCCAAAUUCAUAGAUCACAUUAAACAAUCAUUGUUGGAUACUGUAGUCGAUGUAACCGGUGUGAAGAGAGAAAAUUUCACUCAUGUCCAGUUAACAUCUGCAAAGACCGGAUACGGUAUAGAGCAGCUUAUAAAUAAGCUGCAGUAUAAAUGGCGACACAGGGGAGACGUCUAUUUGAUUGGCUGUACAAAUGUUGGAAAGUCCUCUAUGUUCAAUAUUUUAUUAAAUUCGGAUUAUUGCAAAAUCCAAGCCCUCGAUCUCAUACAACGCGCCACGGUAUCCGCUUGGCCGGGUACGACGUUAAAUUUAUUGAAGUUUCCAAUUUUGAAUCCAUCCGGUAGAAAAGCUUACUUAAGAACGGAAAGAUUGAAAAUGGAGCAGGUUUAUAGAAUGGAAUUAUCGAGGUACAGAGAUUACCAGUUUAAAGCGACAGGAAACAUUGAAUUCACUACGUUGCAAGAUGAAGUCGGAAGAACAUUUACCGGGCGUACGGUCGAGGAAGCGCAGAUGGAUCCUUUCUCUGAAAAAUCUCACGCGUAUCUACCGACGAAGCCAGUUUUCGACGAAUCCAAGCCAGAAUACGAAAAUAGUCGAUGGUGUUAUGACACUCCGGGUACUAUUCAAAAAGAUCAAGUACUCGACUUACUAACAACCGACGAACUGUUGUCCACAUUGCCACAACAAAUCAUAACGCCGAGGUCGUUCACUUUGAAAUUGAAACAAACCGUGUUUCUGGCUGGUUUGGGAAGACUGGACUAUCUCGAAGGAGAAUACUUUAUUCGAUGCACUUUAUUCGCGAGCAAAGAACUGCCUAUAACGAUCUGUCACACGGUUGAUGCUGACGAAGUGUACGACCGAUUGUUGGAGACCGAUGCGUUUGUCGUACCAGCGAACAAUCCAGAACGUCUGAAGAAGUGGCCGAAAUUACUAUCAAAGGAGUUCAAAAUGACCGGGAUAUACCGAGAAUCCGCCGCAGAUGUUGUGCUCUCGAGCUCAGGUUGGAUCGCGGUGACGCCUCAAGAGAACGAUAACGUUUUACUACGUGCGUGGACGCCACAAGGUCGUGGCAUACAUCUAAGAUCUCCGGCGUUACUCAGGUAUUCAGUUAGACUUUGCGGGAGUAAAGUUCCGGGAACUCCAGUAUACUCUUUGGGACGGCGAGUGUACGUGAAUGUUUAAAAGCCGUUGCUUAAUCAAUUCGUUCAUUUUUGUACAUACGUGUAAAAAAAUUAAAUGUUUCUCAAAAAACA